AUGGAGCCCAACCCAGCAUUGGACAUUCAACCAGAGCCACCAGCACCCCACCAGCAGGAGGCACCGACGUUGCAACCCACCAGAGAAAUUCCUCUUCGCAUCCAGCACCCCAAAUACUCAGUGCUCCAUUACGGAGAAGUAGCCGGCCCAGGGGACAGAAGGCGAAACAAGCCUAACAAAUUCAGAGUUCAAAGCUUCCAUCAGUUUACCGGCCAGGCAUUGCCGGUCCCAGAUGAUGUACUGAGAACCUGGGCGGAAUAUGAAGGCGAAUGGGCGGCAAACGAUGUUCCUCCACUGAUAUUUGACUACGGAUGCCUACGGCUACAAGUCUGGAAACAGUCUAUUCCUGACCCAGCAACCCACUUCAAUGAAGUCUCAAAGAGAAUGCCUUUUCUCGCGACUCUUCCAGGACUGCACAUCUGGUUUCUUCGAAACGUCAGAGGUACCCAGGAAGUUAACCAUCUGGAAGCGGGCGGAUCCGGAAGGUGUCAACUAUGUGGAUCAAAUUUGUUGGGCAUCCCACUCUCGAACCACCACCACUCCAGUUGUAUAUUUCGCCACCUCGAUCGACACACUCUCAUGCAAUUCAUGUCGAUCAAUCACUUGGCGUUCUGCCCGUAUUGUGGCUCUCGCAGCGCAACCCACACCCUCGCAGAAUGCAUGCAGCGUGAAAGCGCCUGCCGACAGUGCGGCGCGGUUGAUCACAUGGAAUGCCAAAAGCUAUGCGAAGCAGUCGGAGUGGACCCAAUGGCAGCCGAAGAACAAAAGACCCGAGUAACUCAAUAUCGGCGUGAAUACUACGAGCACUGCAGACGUCUAGCUGAAAGAGGCGAACUUCGGUACAGAAUCAUUUCUGACGCAACCCACCCCUACUACAGUAGAAGAAUUAUCGAAGAGAGUUUGCAUCCCGCCGGUUGGGGUCUCUUCCUGGACUACCAAAGAGAGUACCCACAAAUUCCACGAAUACGGUAUCAGACUACCCAGCUGUACUCGGGUUUGGUCACACCGGAAUCAGACGCAGCAUGGUCGAAUGAAUAUCCAGUGUUUCAACCAUCAGAGAUGGAUGAGAUCGAAAGGCUACAAUGGAGAGUGGACGAAAUCCGUUUCGGACGCCAAACCAGAUUCAACCGUACAAAUCCGCAUCCCACCUACACCAUCAACGAGUUCAUCGGACAACGAUCCCGCAUUCGUGAAGAACGUCUGCAAGCCCAAAGGGCUCUCAAUGAACCGAUACUGCCGGUGAUCGUUGACGACUGGAGUGUGGAAAUGAACGAAGAACAACGACAGGAAGAGGUAGCCCAACAGCACCCACCACUGGAGGAGCAAAUCCCCGACGACAUAAGUCAAGAAGACGACAUUGAGGCCCAUUCAGAAGAAUCCAAUGCGUCGAGUUCUGCCGACUCCAAUGUGUCCACUUCUGACAACUCAAAUGAAUCCAUCGAAGACUCCAAUCGUGAAGAUGACUCAGAACCCGUCGAAUCUUCUAUGUCAUCGAGUGAUUCUCGGGAUAACGAAGAGCCAGCAGUCCCUCCGGCAGUAGAGGAGCCAGUCGCCGUACUUCCAGCCGCAUUCCCACCAGAAGUACGGGAGCCCGUAGAAGCUCCAGCAGUUGUGGAACCUCAAGUUGAAGCUCGACCAGUGGUGGAACCUUCAGCAGAAGCCCAACCAGUAGUCCCACAAGCGGACAUCUUCCACACGGAAGACAGUCAGUGGGAUAUCGUUCGAGAGGCCGAGCAAGAGAGACAAUUAGCUCUGACGGCGGCCCGAAUCUCGAGCUAUCGCGAUCGAACAUUGGAGGUACUCUCGGCGGCAGACGACCUCGACCUUCUUGCUGCGAAUAGCAUCCCACUGGACCCACAGAACUUGCGAGACCGAAUCGCGUGGCAAGUGCAAACAGUCACAGGCAGAAGGAUUGAGGAAGAGAUGGAAGCAUAUCCACAAUUCAUUCUUCGAGACUACGCCCGCAUGCUAACCGGAGUGCUACGUACUGUCGCCAAAAUUCGCCGUGUUCAACGAGUCAUCAGUAUCCAUUUCACACGCUGCGAUGAGUCACUUUACCUGAAUGACCAUGGUCACCAAUUGUUCAUUCCGACACUCGCACUUUUCGCCAGGAUUCCAUUUGACGAUCGUCAAGCUCGUCUCAUCCACAACUGGGAACAGCUAACGGAAUGGCUGGUUACGGAUGGCAACUCGGGAUGUCGAGUUGAUCUCCAAUAG